AUGCAUAUAUUGGUAGAUAUUCAUCUCAUCUGGAAAACAGGGUUGCCUCCGCCUGGCGCCGGACAAUCUGGUCUGUUGGACGCAAACCAGAACAAGUUGGCUGAAGCGGGUAUAGACUUGGCCUCCAUAUUAAACCGCAUAAUGAGGGGCGCCAUUGAGGAUGAGAUCAAAUUUAUGAACGCCGGUAUUGAUAUCAAGACAAUGCUUAAGGCAGGCAUAUGUCCGGCCCGUUUCAUAGUGGGCGGCGUCGGCGCCAUUCCUGACGAUACACUGCUUAAAUUGGGUAUCAAUAAGAAACAAAUGACUGAUCAGGACUUGAAAAAGUUGGGACUCAAUGCUCUUAAACUUCACGCAAAGGGCGUUGACCCGAAGAAGUUGGCCGACAAUGGUAUCGAAGCCUAUGCCGCUAAAUCCAAACAAGACUUGGGACUCAACGCCGAGCAUUUGAUAUUCUCGGUCUACACCGGAUUAGAUCCCAAGACACUACAUAAGGCCGGUAUUGAUCUGAAAGUGAUGGUCAGCGCUGGUGUGGACACCAAACUCAUCCUCACCGGUGGUCUUAAACUGCACCUAAAGGGCGAUUUGACUCCGGGCUCAUUGGCUAGAGUUGGCAUUAACGUGAAACAAGUGCUGGCAAUGGGUAUUAACAUAAACUUAAUAUCAGAAGUGGGCGCUUCCAUACUGAACCCAAUGAACAUGGUCAAAAUGGGUAUCUGUCCGUUUAGGGGAACGCUCUCUCGUCACGGACUGGAUGUGCUGACCGGCGGUACCGACGAUGCCCUGAGUGUGUCCUUCGGUUUUGUGUCCUCCAUAUUGAAGAUCAUUCAAAACAUCGCCGCACAGAUCCCUAACAUUAAGGACAUCCCAUACAUCGGACCAAUGGUUAUGGACAAGAAUGGCCGCUGGAAGGGAGUGCCCGGAUUCAUAUUCUAUAAGAUAUUGGAGAAUCGCCGACCGGUUGACGAUUACGUCCGCAAAUCGAUACAUAUGAGGGUUGGGUCGCUGAGGAAUGUUGCCGUUGGCAGCAAAUUCCCGGGAAGCGCUCUCUUUAAAGGCAAGUCCAACGGAACGCAAGAGUUGAGUAAAGAUGAUAUUCACGACGAGACGACCGAUAGGACGCUGAAGGAGUUCCACGACACUGUCGACAGGGAGUCGGCCAAGACAUCGACGCCCGCCUCCGCUAUGAGUCUGGCGGGCCAUAAGAUGCCAUCCCUUGGAUUGAAUAAAUUAACGGGUGGUAAAUGA